CUUUUGGACAUCCUGUAUAUAUGUUAAGUAUUUCAAUCAAAUCGACAUUACUCAUGCAUGUUUGUUUCUUGUUAAGGUUCAAUACUGUCUCAACAAGUAAAUCCUAUUGGUAUUUCAAGAUGAAGUUGACUAUUACGUAAUAAUGUAAGAUUAAUUUCUUUACCACUGACCUGGUAUGAUUUCUAAUUUAUUUCUAGACCCAAUGGUACGUAUCAAAAAUCGAUACCUCGUUUGUUUCAUUUCGAUUCAACCUCAAAAUUCCAAUUCAUUUAUACCAGGUUAUCCUGGCUGCCAAAAGGAGGAUACAGCGGCGAUGCGCUUGAGCGAGUCUGAUUUAUUAGCCACGAUAAAACAAAACAUCACCCUUACACACGGUUCACUUGGAGUCGGUAAAUGUAUGUCUCGCUUAAGAGUAAUUCACUGGUGUCCUGCUUCCGGUUUAUUGAUUAUACGUUGCCUUCGUAGCAUGUCUGUUUACGUCCAAACAGCACUCUCUUUGGUUACUCACUUAGAUCUCAAUGGACAAAAAAGGAAAUCGGUAAUCGACAUUUAUCAUACAAGCGGUACAGUCAGAGGCUGUCAAAAAUUCCUAGUCAUGUUUUACUCUCAUAAUUUAUUCUCAAGACCAGAACAAUUAUUUCGAACAGCCUUGUCUAUUGCCGUUGAACGAAAUAUGAUUUCUCCAUAUCCACCAUACAUCAAUGAAGAAUCCUAAUUUUCUAUUUAUUUAAUAAACUACAGAGUAUUAUGGUAAAAGUCUUAUCUGUUACAUAUUGAUAUAAAAAUAAAAUGUUAAGAUUAUGUAUCAAACGAAAUUUAACUUCACAAAAAACAGCUUAGACGUAGUUUUAUUUUUGAAAUAUAGACUAACUUGGACGGGAUUCAAAUAAAAUUAUAAUUGACACUUUAGAAAAGGAAAUGCUGGUUGAUUACGAUGAAUAGUAGCACAGAGUGUGAAAUUUAAAGUCUGUCAUUAAAAAGCCACCAUUAGUAAAACCAUUUUAGAUUAUGAGCGGAUUCAAAUAUUAAUUAAUUCAGUACUUGUAUCUCGGUAAACACUGGUUCAUAUCACUAGACAAUAGGUUUUACGUGAUGUGUACCAUAAACGAGAUUUAAGACAAAUGACAACAGAAUCCAAUAAUUUGAAUCGAAUUUUCAUUUCGUAAGUACUUUAAUUUCCAGAGAAACAAUCAACUAUGUAAACUGAUCGAUACUAAAGCUCUUUUUUACAACGUAUCCAGUAAGUCCUAAAUAAUCUGAAGAUUUAUGUUUUUAAAAGGUAACAAAGGGUAUACAUGAUAUCAGUUAUGUAUGUACGCACAAAACUCAAUGCAUUACCGAAUUAUAAGAUAAUACUGUAAAAUGAUUAAAAGAAAAACUUGUGUUGAAGUGCUUGAUAUUAUAUACUGAAAUUAAAAAGCAUUUGUAUUCUCAAAAUGAAUAAUGGUAACAAUAAAAAAACAUUGACAGGACAAUAGGGUGUAAAACGUUAAGUAGGUGUACAUAUAUCAAGAAAUACAAGGGGCGCUUCUAUAGGAGAUAAUAAACUAAGUCUUGCUCACGUGAAAUACUAGUUUAAAUAAUAUCUGUGGAAUUAAGAAUGAAAAAUAACUUAUUGCUAUAUAGAAACACAAAUCGUGAACAAUAAAAGUGAGGUCGUUCAAAAAAAGAAACAUUUACAAGUUAAAAUAUGAAAUAGUUUUAGAUAAGCAUGCAUAAACACAAACAAAACUAAUUGUACAGAAAACUUCGUUGUGAACCAAAAAACCUGACAGGUAGAUAAAAACAUUGGGUACUUGACUUUAUAGAAUCAAUACGUUAGAGUAUAUGUUUACCAAUAGAAAAUUCAUCUGAGCAUCAUUUACAAUUGUUUACACAUCAAAAGUCAAGUUAAGGAAAAACGGUAUUCACUUGUUUCUGCAAAAUCAGCAUGCAGAAAAUAUAACGAAAUAAAUGUGACACAGCCCUACAUAGACACUCAAAGUUGUGAACCGAAAUCACAGAUUUAGUAAACAACAGAAUACAUAAACAGCAAGAGAAUAGAUAUUAUUGAUGAGUGUAGAACAAAGUUACAAGACAGUAAAGAAAUCGAAGCUAAUGAAGCAUAAAAACGAAGCGAAUUAUCUUACGGAUUCGGAGUAAUAAAAAUA